CAUUCUCAUAGGAAAUGUUUAACAAAGAGUGUGGAGAAUAUGCAUUAAGAAGUUCUGGAAUUAAUCAUUGAAGUCAUGAGAAUAGAGUUGCAAGGGGAUCGAGAAACAGCACACAGCUGACAUUUGACACCUUAGGCUUUUUGUUAGACAGAGUAUCAGAGGAAAUGUCAACAGAACAGUGUGGGGAAUAUGAAUGCCACUGUUAGGGAAUAAAGAGUUAAAGAGGUGUUUACUGAUAAAGAGGCACAAAAUCCACCAAGGACUGUGGAUUAUAACUGACCCUUUGGGUGCAUAGCCCUUCAGAACUCUAUGGCAGUAUGUGCACCUUCAACCCUGGCCAGCUCUGUCGAGAAGGCAAAUGGAGCCAAGCUUAGCAGACUUCUCAUUGAUGGUGGAACAGCAGUGUUGAGGACCAUUUUUGAUGGCUAUCACCCUCCGGCUAAUCUUUCUGCUAAUCUCAAUGCCAACUACUCAACCCUAAAAACUCUCUUGAAGAAAAAGGUUCUGCGUGCAGCCCAGUGGGACAAACUGUUCCCACCUGGUGGAGCAACACCAGACUCAAAUACGUUUGAUAUCACUCUCCUAUUUCUUCUUCUUACCAACAUUUGCAAACUGUCCUCUCCUCUUUCAGGAUGGCAUGCAAAACCAUCUCCGAGUGAUAACUCUCUUGAGGCAAAUCUCGCUCGUGUGAAGUUCUUCCGUAACGAGUUGUAUGGUCACGUCACCAGCACCAGCAUUGACACGCCCACUUUCUCCUCUCUGUGGCAGAAAAUUAGUGCCGUUCUAGUUGCUCUUGGUUUGGAUCAGAUAGAGAUCGAUCGAUUGAAGGCAGAAAACAGUGGAGAAAAAGAUUAUCUUGACCUGUUGCUUGAAUGGACUGAAAAUGAAGAGGAUAUGAAGUCAAAGCUGAUGGAGAUACAGCAUUCUCAGACCAAAUCUCAGCAAAGUAUUUUUGAAGUUCGUGAGGCUCAGCGUGAGGACCACAUGGUGCUUGAGGACACGAUGUUCAAACUGGAAGAAUUACAUCGCACCCAGAUCAACACACAGCGAGCUCUUGCAAAAUUACCUGUUCAUCAGAUGCGCGAUGAAGACAUAAACGGUAUUCAUUCAACGAAAACGAUGGUUGAAGAGAUGUUAAGAACCCAAAAGGAGUAUCACAAAACCUUACAACAACUCAAACAUGCAGCAGAAAGGGUGGAAGAACAGAAGAACUACAGCAGAGAGGGAGAAAUUCUUAAGAAACUUGCACGGAUCGACACCCACAAAGAUGUCGUUUAUCAUACCGAGAGGUAUCAAGAAGGAACUCGUAUAACGAUUCUAGAGAAAGUAGAGAACUGGCUGGUCGGUGAAAGUUCGCAAAAUCGUGUGAUGGUGAUCACCGGAAAUGCAGGAAUGGGGAAAUCCGUUAUCGCCGCAGUUUUGUGCAAAAGAAUGCAAGAAGCAGGAAGAUUAUUAGGGAGCCACUUUUGCCAGCACGAUAAAGCACGCCACAGGAAUCCCAAGAUAAUGCUUCAGUCUUUAGCUUGCCAACUAUCUGAUUGUCUGCCCCCUUACAAGAAUGUUCUUGUGGAGACUCUUUCAAGAAAUCUGGGCGUGGAGCUCAACGAUAUGGAAGUCCAGGACCUGUUUCAGUUGCUGUUUGAGGAACCCCUCAUAAAGCUAAAAAUGGCGUCUCCAAGGAAAAAUAUUCUCAUGGUGAUAGAUGGAGUGGAUGAAAGUGAAUACCAGGGACGAAGUGAACUGCUUGAUGUUAUUUCUAAUCACUUCCAUAAGCUGCCAAAUUGGAUUCGAUUUCUUGUGACAACUCGGCCAGAAAUGAACAUCGCAGAUAGUCUAAAUUUGUUUAACCCUCUUAAGCUUGAACCAAACGAUGAGGAUAACGUGAGGGAUAUAAGACUGUUGUUUGAGAGAAAGCUGAGUCAUGUAAUUAAAAAAGAACACCAAGAAAUCGUUGUAGAUGAACUGGUUAGAAAAUCCGAGGGUCUCAUUUUACAUGCUCAUUUGCUGGUAGAUUUCCUAAAAGAAAAUGUUUUUCCUCUCGAUCCAUGCUUGCUUGACAGCUCCUUACCCUCUGGUAUUUCGACAGUUUACCACACCUACUUUAAACGUCUAGAGAAUGAACUUUGCAAUGAACUGAGCAUUAAAGAGGAAGAGUUUUUGACGUUCUUGAGUGCUCUGGUGGCUGCGAGAGAGCCUUUGUUGCUAGGUUUUGUUGCCGAAUUGAUGUUCUUGGGUACCGUUUCUUUAGCGGAUAGCCGAAGAUUAAGUAAAGCAAUCUCGUCCAUAUCAGCUCUGCUGCCCAUACGAAAUGGCCGCAUUUACUUCUUUCACAAGUCAGUUAGAGACUGGUUGACCGACAAGGCGACCUAUGGCAAACACGACUUUUCUGUGGAGGAAAAGGAAGGCCAUCGUAUCCUUUCUAGACUUUGCGCAGAAGACGUCGACGAGGUGAAGCGUAAAGGUGUUGACGGGCAACUCAAUGAUAGGAAAAAGUACGCCCUUCAACAUUGUGUUCAACACAAGAUAUUAGCUUUGGAAACAAAUACCAUAGCGUACCACCUUGAGGAAAUUGUGCGGAAGUAUAUUUUAGACUUAGAGCUGGUGUAUGCAAAACUGUGUGUCAGUAAUACGGCGGCGUCUGAAGAUAUCAUUUAUGUUCAGAAGCAAGGCUGGCUUGGAACGUUGGAUUUAAAGACUCAGUGUUCCCUUGAAACUCUGCUAUUUUUAUUAAGGAGGCACAUUGAAGAUUUGACAAAACUUCCCUACUUGAUCCUGCAAAAUGUAUUGAAUAAAGGAGGUUUUGACCUCUCUUCUGAAGCGUUAAACCUUUUGGAGACGAAAUAUCCAGAAAUACCACACAUGAGAUAUUUACACGAGGAAAGGCAUCAAGAGGUUGUUCAGGUCCGUUUUCAAUGUUCAUCCCGAGUUGCUUGUUUCGAUGUUUCACCACAGUUGGACUAUUUAGUGAGCGAAUGUUCCAACGGUACCAUUCAGCUUUGGUCACUUCACACCGCUAAGAUGCUAUGGCAGCGUCCGGCAAAGGUGAUGAAAGAUUUCCGGAGGUCAAAAUGGAGAAGGUUUCCACUCUCCUAUUACCGCUCUGUUGUUUUUCAUCCUACCAAGGAACUUGUCCUACCGGGAGUUCUGAGCCUUGCCUACACCCUUGACGGAGAACUGAAACCACUUUUUCCCGAGAGCGAUUGCCGUUUCACCAUAUGCUCGAUUUCUGGAGAUAGGAGAGAGAUGUUGUCUGAUUGUACUGGUGAUGCCAAAUGCAUUGUUUUGUGGAGUCUAGACGAUGGUUCUGAAAUUACUCGCACCACUAGAUCCGAAAAUGUCUUGUCAUUUGCAUGGUCUCGAGAUGGAAGGCUGCUCGCAAUUUCCACUGCAGGCGGUUCAAUUUGCCUAGUUGAUGUGGUAGAUGACUUUCGAACUCUAGCUGAAACAGCCACCUCUGAAGUUUGUGGAAUGAUAAAGUUCUCUCCUGAUUAUCAAUAUCUAUUUUGCUUGCAUGUUUCUGAAUCUUAUUUUUCGCAAGAAUAUUGUUUCCGUGUCGAUAAAAAGGAGAACACCAAGACCUCUUGGGUUGAUCUUUCUGCCGAGAAAGGUUUUUUUGAUCUGGCCAGAAGAUGCGAUACACCCAGUGUCUGCGGUUUUCUGUUAGGAGACCCUUUUUCAUGUUUUUCUCGUCAGACGCCCCCGCCGGUGGAAUAUGUACUGGAUACACACUCUGUGGUUAGAAAUGAUUAUUCGAGAUCGGCCGUAAUUGAAAUAUUGAAUGCAAAAAAAGAAAGGGAAAACUGUCAGCUUGCAUCUAGACCUCUGAAUACUCCAUCAAGGAGCAUUGCAAUUUCACUGAACGGUGAGACUGUUUAUGUUGUGAAUGAUGCUGAUGUGCCAACUAUUACCGCGUUCGACGUUUCCAGUGGAAAGUUAAAGGCAAAGAAGAGCUUUGGGAAGACGGGCAUCAUUUAUUUUGCACCCGUGAAAGAGGGUAUAGUAGUUACAGCUAGUAACGACACUCCUAAGCUGUGGAAUUGCCAGCUAUCAAAAUGCAUCCGAGGUUGGUCCAGCUUAGACAAGAUAGCGGAGAUCUUUCCCGUAACAGAUGAGCACGUUGCAUGUGUUAGAGAAAGAGUUGAAGUCAGCAUCAUAAAUACGUCCAGCGGCAACAUAGUGUCUACAAUUUCCACUGAAUCAAGAGAAUGUGUUGCAUGUAACAGCAAAUUCCAGGUGAUAUCCUCUGACGGUCGCUCUGUUCAAUUGUCUGAUGGUACAUCGGUUCUAUGGGAGAAGGAGCAUUUGGAAUUUUUUUACGGGAAUUUCUCUCCUGACGAGCGCUUUGUAGUUUUGGAAAACUGGCCGUUCAUUACUAAUGUACUCGUCCUUAGUGCAGAUACAGGAAACACGCUCUGUUCCAUUAAAUUCGACGCGAUUCCUUUUGGGUGUGAGUUUAUCAGUGAUGAGGAAAUUGUUGUUACUUCAACUGUUGGUACAGGUUAUGGUUUACAAAUGUUUCAUGUGAGGACCGGAGAUUUGCUUAGUGUCCUGCAAUUGGAGAGCAAGCCCUCCUGUUUAGCUGCUUGUCCUCGGAAGCGACUCAUCGCUGUUGGCUUGGACAAAUCCGACCCAUGCUUCAAACUUGUGCAGGUGAAGCUGCCUUGUGACAGAGACCCAAUGACAAACAGGAGUAUCAGCAGGAACUUAGAGAUCCAAGAGAGCAGACAAAGAAAGAGAUGUGUUGUAAUGUAAUAUUGGCCUCAGAUGGAAGAAAUGGAGAGAUACGAGUGCAAAAAAAUUGAAAACUGCCAUUGUGCAUGCGUUCAGCUUUCCAACACCUGCCCUGCCUUAAAAAGCGAUAACACAUUUACUGUACUGAUACAUUGCAACUGAAAUCAGUGACAUGAAUUUUUUUCAUGUAGUCCCUCUGAAUUUCAAGCGAUAGAUUCUAAAGAAAUUACUGUAGGGCACACGUUUCCUUUUUAGGUACAAGAUCAGACAGAGUGAUAAUUGUUCAUUAAAUGUAAACGCCCUCACAGACCCUUUUUUAUUUGAUGGUGUGGCUUUCUAGUCGAGGUAGUUGUAAUGACAUAUGAACAAUUUUGACGGUAGAAUUUUAGGUCGCCAGUGAGAUGUUUCUAUGUGAGAGGUAGAAUUAGUUUGCAUGUUGCUAUAACACAAACGAUACCAAGAAAGUGUACUUAACGAUUGAGGAAAAAGAAUUUUUUAUAUCGAGCAACGCCAUAGAAGACUUUGAAUAUACGUAUUUCUUUGGUAGUUGUUGCUUCUUCUUUUUUUCAAGUAAUUCAGUAUAUAGCUCAAUUAUAUCUUUGAAGUUAUUGUGCAGUAG